GACACAGAACAUGUCUCCUCCCUUCACCAUCGACUUGCCCAACGAGCUUCUGGUCGAGGUAAUCUCCUAUCUCUGCCUCAAAUCUCUCAUUUCCGGUCCUGCUGUGUCUCGUGGCUGGAAGGAGCUCAUCCGUAUUGCCCCGCUGAAUCGCACUCGCCGUCGACUCCUCCUGCUGUACAAGCGCAUCUUGCGUUCCCCGUGGUUCGAGGACAGCCGUGCCCGGCCAUCCCGCAACCUUUCCGCUUUCGACCGGCAGGCCUACAUCGACCGAAUCUACGAGCAACACUACGAGAUCCCUCACUCCACUCAUUAUUCGAUAAAAUUGUCGAAAGAUCCAAACUUAGGUGAUCCCAUCAGGCCUUCUGUCACGGACACCGUCACGACGUCUCUUCAGGCUCCCGUCGGCCCACCACGUUGCUCGCUGCGAGCCUUCUCCCUCCCUCCCUCCCCCGCCGCCCCACCUCCACGAGAUUCACGAAGCAUGAUAAAUCAAAAGUACAUCGGCCUCAUGGUCUCCGUCCUCGGCUCCUCCGCCAUUGGGACCAGCACAGUCAUCCAAAAAAUGGGCAUGACACCCUCCGCUGACGGCCGGUCCGCGACGGAAAGCAUGCGCUUCUUGAAGAAUCCGAUAUGGUGGCUCGGGACGGCAGCUUUGAUCAUAGGCGAAAUAUGCAACUUUGCGGCAUACACCUUCGCACCGCCUGUCAUGGUGACGCCGCUGGGGGCCCUGAGUGUGAUCGUGGGGGCUAUUCUCGCUUCGGUGUUAUUGAAGGAACGGCUCGGACAUCUGGGUCGUGUGGGAUGUGCGCUCUGUAUAAUUGGGUCAUCGAUCAUCGUAUUGCAUGCGCCUGCGGAUACAGAGCUGGAGACGGUGACAGAGUUUCUGGCAUUUGCGCUAGAGCCCGGUUUCCUGUUCUAUUGUUUCACAGUGACCGUUUUUUCGCUCGUGAUGGCCUUCCGCGUUGCUCCAAAACACGGUCGCACUAACCCGCUCGUCUACAUUUCUAUCGCGUCUCUCGUCGGGAGUAUCUCCGUCAUGUUCGUGAAGGGCUUCAGCAUCGCUGUCAAAUUGUCGUUCUCUGCAAGCAACCAGUUCAUAUACCCCAGCACCUAUCUUUUUGCUCUCAUAUCAGCCGUGUGUAUUUUGAUACAGCUGCAUUACUCCAACAAGGCCUUGGAUUUAUUUUCGGUCAACCUCGUGAAUCCGGUGUAUUACGUCGGGUUUUGCUCAGCCACGAUCGUGGCUUCCCUGAUCCUCUUCAAGGGCUUCAACACUACUGACUCAUCGACAACGACUUCUCUCCUCUGCGGGUUCAUUAUCACGUUCCUUGGCGUGCACAUCCUCAAUCUGUCGAUGUUGGAGGAAUCAGCGGCCAAACGCGAAUCUGUUCUACUCCAGCUCCAGUCCGACGACGAAGCUGGCGACAACGGAGAGCUGGACUUGGAGUGGGAGGGAGGCCGGCGACGACGUUCGAUCAAUCUCAAUAUCAUGCGCACGCCUUUGUUUGGGCGAUUCGCUGAUGCCCGUGAUGAGGAGCGCACUAGAUUAACUACUGUUGGCGAGGAGUAUGAGCAACAGAGCAUGCGCAUAUCUCCGCGGCCCGUGUAAUCUACGGACAUAUCUGCUAUCGAAUCGCUUUUCUCGCUGCGUUUCGCAAGUCUUGGAAGCAAUGGAGGAGUCUGCACCUGCUCUACCGGAUUGCAUCCAGGCUGUCCUUCGUCGUGCCGCUUGCAAAUGUCCUCAGCAGCGACGGUCCAGGCUGAGGACAAUGCUUCCGCGCUCAUCGCACGAUCUAUUUAAGGUUGAUCGUCCGCAAGUGCAAGUGUGGUGGGCUCAUAUGAUAUGUUUAUGGUGACCUUCCGAUGAAGUUGAGUCUACUUGAUCUGGCGGAAGCAUCCUAGUCGUGGUGGAAACGGUGGGAAGAGAAUUACCGGAGAGCACGUGCACCGACAACGCUGCCGGUGGAUUCUCAGACGCAAGGACUAGAGCAGGUAGGCUUUCGACCUGGAGCGCUCAAUGGACUCUCAGGAACCGGGAAGUCACCUAUGAACAGAGCUCAUUUACUUAAGACAGUGACAACUUGAACUGUUCAUUCCCGGACACCGGAGUCGGGAGCCGGAUCAGGGUCGGACCGGUCGAUCAUCGCGCUUAGUUAUAAGAAAUUUGAGAAGAAGUUUUUGUCACGCUCGACGCCCGUCGUCUCCCCGUGGUCCUCCACCUUCGUCCCUGGCCACGAAGGAUGUUCAUUCUGCCUGCCCCCGUCCCGGCCGACGCGCCGCAGCUCGAACUCGCGCUCCCGGCGGUCCCGGCAUGGUUCUCGUCCCUCCGCCUCCAGUACAUCGGUCUCGCUCUCGCGCUUCUCACGACACUCGCUAUCCUCGCACUGGUCCGGGUGGUCCGUUGGUUCCGCCGGUCGCCUGACGGCAUCCCCGCCACGCUCGUGGAGAAAGCCGGGAAGACUGCUGAGAACGAGGAGUCGGACCCGCCCGUGGUGCGCAGACGGUGGCUGACGCGUUUGCUGUCCUGGAAGACGUCGUUCCCGUCGGUCACCGUGGAAUCCGAACCGCUCAUGGAGCUCCCGCGAUCUCUGCCCCCCUCUGUCCGUCCUUCUGCGCAGCCCGUGCGUGGCCAGCGCGGACGACGUGGCCCUCGUAGCAACCGUACAAAAGUCCCCUUGUCUGUAAUUUGCCAAUCUAAAACGCCUGCUUCCAUGGCCAAAGCGAUCAUGAGCCGCCAUAAUCACCGUCGUCCACCUGCUGCCCCAUCUGCUUCCUCUCGUUGCUCCACCCCGUCGUCCCUCGCUCGCAGUGUGUCCCAGUCUUCCCCGUCGUCGGCGGAAGACACGGUGUCAUGACACCGAGGACAAAGCUUGAUUCAGUUAGCAAUGGGAGUGCGCCUGAUAAUCGGGCUGCUGCUGAUCAAUCAGCCCGAAGUCAUAACGACCUGAUGAUGACUGUCAUGAGGUCGCUGCACGCCGGAUGAGUCCAGGCUUCUGGCCCCGGCCUGAUUGAGCGCGCUGCCCGUCAGUGCGACGUUCGAGUUCGUUCCAGUACCCACCACUUUGAUGUUCAUUUGAAAUCAUCCUGCGUUCGUUUUCCCACGCGAUGCUGAGGACCAGAUAACGCCGCCGUCGAUACGUACUCGUGCUUGAGUGAGAGAAUACACGGCCGGGAACACGGAUUCUGAAGCUUCUGAUGCGGCCAAAAUGGUAACAGAAAGAUCGCUGGGGGCUAGGUUAGCUCGCUCCACUGCGCGAGGCUCUGGUCGGGUAUGUCCGUGACGGGUGAGAACACAAAGAAUAAGAUGAAUAUACGAUUAUCGCGGGAAAUUGCCCAUGGGAACUUCGCUGGUGAGUUAAGAACAUCAGAUAGAACUAUCUAAAUAGAUUCUACACUCCGCUUAGCUCUCCGCUUCUUUGAAUGCGUCAAGUAUGUAGUUCAGCAGAGAACAUGCCAUCGGUGACGUGCUCGACUAACCGGUGAUAUCCGAGAUUUUUGAACUAUCACGUGAUCAGGAAGCGUCCGCCGCGCCAGUUUUUUUUUACUGACUUCUG